GGGGAGGGCGCGCCCGGCGCAGAUCAUCUAUCUAGAUUGAGUCCGCGGAGCGGCGGGGGUGGGGUGCAGGUCCCUGCUUCCGGCAGGCGCGGGAGGGAGGGAGGGGCUGAAGGAAGCGGACUCUGGGCACAGCACGAGCCUUGCGCCUGCACCUGCUGAGGGCUGCAUCCAGGGGUGCGGCCGGUCCUCGGUCCUCUGCGUGCUCCCGCCCCUCCAGCUUCGCUCUGCGCCGGCCCGCCCGCCAUGCCCCGCAGCCUCUUCCGGCGCCUUCUCUUGGCCGCGCUGCUGCUGCUGAUGCUCUGGGUCCUCUUCGGGCCCUCGGGCUUGGGGGAGGAGCUGCUGAGCCUCUCGCUGGCGUCCCUGCUCCCGGCCCCCGCCUCGUCGGGGCCGCCCCUGCCCCUGCCCCGCCUCCUGAUCCCCAACCCCAAGGCCUGCGGAGGUCCCGGCACCCCGCCCUUCCUGCUGAUCCUGGUGUGCACGGCCCCCGACAACCGGAACCAGAGGGACGCCAUCCGGGCCACGUGGGGCGGCCUGCGCCAGGCCAGGGGGCGCAGGGUGCGGACGCUCUUCAUGCUGGGAGAGCCCCCCGGCAGCUCCCCCGAGGACCUGGCCCGGGAGUCGGCGGCCCAGGGGGACAUCGUGCAGGCCGCCUUCCAGGACACCUACCGCAACCUCACCCUCAAGACCCUCGUGGGGCUGAACUGGGCCAGCACGCACUGCCCCAAGGCCCGCUAUGUCCUCAAGACAGACGACGAUGUGUACGUCAACGUCCCAGAGCUGGUGUCCGAGCUGACCCGACGAGGUGGCCCUUGGCAGCCACAGGAGAGGGGCACAGAGCCCCAGGAAGAGACUGCGAUUGUCAGGGAGGGCCGCGCCGUGGCGAGCAGGGCAGUGCCACUUCUGUACCUAGGCCGGGUACACUGGCGGGUGAGGCCCUCUCGGGCCCCAGGAGGCCGCCACCUGGUAUCAGAAGCGCAGUGGCCUCCAACCUGGGGCCCCUUCCCACCCUACGCCUCGGGCACGGGGUACGUGCUGUCCUCCUCCGCUGUGCAGCUCAUUCUCAGGGUGGCGGGCCGGGUACCCGCGCUGCCACUGGAGGACGUGUUUGUGGGAGUGAGUGCGCGGCGGGGCGGCCUCGCCCCUACCCACUGUGUCAAGCUGGCUGGCGCCACCCACUACCCCCUGGACCGGUGCUGCUACGGGAGACUCCUGCUGACCUCCCACAGGCUGGACCCGGGGCAGAUGCGGGCGGCCUGGGAGCUGCUGCACGAGGAAAGCCCCGGCCCCUUCUGCUCCUGGCUCCAGGGCGCCCUGGGCAUCCUGCGGUGCCGGGUCAUAGCCUGGCUGCAUAACUGA